CAGUGAAGCAAAUAAAAAAAAACACCCUAGAACCUUUUUUCGUUGCGUCUUAAAUGCGGCAAGUUGAAUGUUAAACCAAAUAUACAUGUAGUAACAUAACACACAUAUGGCGCUCACUCUAGCUCAAUAGAUGGAAUAAAGGAUUGUUUAAAUUAUUCGUAUUUGAAUGAUUCACACAUGCACACACACACACACACAGUAUAUACUAUACGGUUUGAAGUAAUAUAUCUUCAGUCAGUUCAAUACUUUGUGUUCAAUCGUGCAUAAGAAAUAUAGUAUCAAUUCGCUCCCGUUGAGUGUUGAACGAAAUUCAGUUUUGCAAUGGAGAGCAAUUGGAGGUCUCGAUUUCUCGAUAGUUUCAAAACAAUAAAAAAAUUCGAAAACUCAAGCAACGAUACGCGAUCGAAAAUGGAUGGAUCAUCAUCACACAGUUUGACUCUGAAUGAGGAGGCGUUCAAGCAAAUUCCCGAUCACAAGAAGCCAGUGUAUGUGUUUGAAUGGCUUCGAUAUUUGGACAAAGGCUUGGUUGCUGCUCAAAAAUCGGACAUAAAAGCAUGCCAAAAGAAGUUGGUGGAACAGUUAACCACGCAAAUACAAGGAUCACCAGGACCACCAACUCGUAAACUAUUGGCCAGUUGCCUGUCAACGCUAUUUUCAGUCGGUGAUACAUUUCUGUUGUUUGACACCGUAAACAAGUGCAACGACAUAUUGAAAAACAAAGAUGACUCACCGAGUUUUUUGCCAACAAAGUUAGCGGCAAUUUGCUGUGUUGGUUCAAUGUACGAGAAACUUGGACGAAUGAUGGGUCGAUCGUACGAGGAGACGGUGCAAAUUUUAAUAAAAUCAUUGAAGAGUGCCGAAUCACAGAUGCGAAUCGAAAUUAUGGUCACACUGGAGAAAGUGUGCAACGGUAUGGACACGGCCAUUUCAAAUGUACACAAAGAAAUCUACAAAGCUACCAAAUACUGUUUAACCGACCGUGUGAUGCCGGUACGGGUGGCGGCUGCAAAAUGUCUACUUGAAAUGAUGAAUCAUGCUCCAUUUUUGUACACAACCGAGUUGGAGAAUAUGGCAGCGUUGUGCUUCAGAGCGUUUGACGGUAGUAACUAUGAGGUGAGAUGUGCUGUGGCAAAAAUGUUGGGUUCGUUGAUUGCAUUUACGCAACAGCAGCAACAGCAACAUCAAACACUACCCAAGGGCGUUGUACCGGUUAAAGUUCAAGCGACGGCCAGGCAAACGUCCAUCGAUGAAGCCUUUGGCAUUUUAAUGUCUGGAUUUCUGCGUGGAGGUGCAUCCUUUUUAAAAGGAACUGGCGAAAUGAUCAAAGGAAGCUCAGGGGUGAAUCGAGAGGUUCGCGUUGGCGUCACGCAUGCAUAUGUGGUGUUUGUUCGUGAAAUGGGUGGUGCAUGGCUUGAACGAAAUUUGCAAACAUUUUUAACGCAUGUGCUAGAUUUGGUGGCCAAUCCCAAAGCCGCCUCGUCCCAUGUGGAUGCCGUUUAUUCGAGAAAAUGCAUAAAUUUCAUUUUACGAGCAACAAUUGGCAAAAUGCUCGGAGAAAAAGCACAAUCGUCCGCAUGCAAGGAAAUUGUUCAUGUAAUCGCUAAACAAAUGAGCACAAUCGAUUUCAAUCCGGAAAAUGCUAAAGAUUCGAAUCAAGAGACACUUUUCAGCCAACAUUUGCUAGUGUGUGCGCUGCAAGAGUUGGGCAGUUUGGUUUUGAGCUUGGGAACAACAUCACAAAAUCUUCUCAAUGAUCAACAUCUAAAUUUCAUCGAUGCAACAUGCGCUGUUUUGAUACACCCUUGUGCGGCCGCACGAUUGGCAGCCGCCUGGUGCUUGAGAUGUGUAUGUGUGGCGGUGCCAAGUCGAAUCACACCACUGAUCGACCGAUUUAUCGAAUCUAUUGAAAAUAUGCGAUCAUCACCCGAAGCAAUUGCUGGUUACAGUGCUGCUCUAGCAGCUGUAUUGGGUACUGUUCGUUUGUCACCGCUCGGGAUUCCGCACACAAAGGGCAAAAUUGUAUUUAACACCGCCGAAGAAUUACUGCGAUCGGCCAGUCAAAAUAGCCGCUUGUCAUUGAAUCGUACACAGGCUGGAUGGUUGCUAAUCGGUGCCAUCAUGACAUUGGGCGUUCCAGUUGUCAAAGGUCUUUUGCCACGAAUGCUGCUACUGUGGCGAAACUCAUUCCCACGGUCCGGCAAGGAAAUGGAAUCGGAAAAAGCGCGAGGUGAUUCAUUCACUUGGCAGGUGACACUGGAAGGUCGAGCUGGUGCACUCUCGGUGAUGCACAGUUUUCUACUUCACUGCAGCGAAUUGUUGACCGAUGACAUAACUCGACGUCUCAUGACCCCGAUUGAAAGCGCAUUGGCCAUGCUUGUUAAUCUAUCGCCCGUGCUCAAAUCAUAUGGACAACAGUUGAAAGCUCCAGCAGCAAUGGUUCGUCUUCGUCUUUACGAAACACUCACCUUGUUGCCGGCCAGUAGUUUAGAGUCUUCCUACACCCACCUAUUGAGAAUGCUUGUGGCCGAGUUUACGCUUACUGAAAAUCCAGCCAACACCACCAAUUCGUUGCUACGUGAACUAUGCCACUCGGACGAUUCCAUCAUUUUGGGCACAUGGCUACAGGAAACAGAUCACAAAACUAUCGAAGACCAGAUGGAACCGAAUCGGAAAUCCCAUGCAGAACAUCUUCAACCGAAUUCGGCAGCUGGAAGUGGUGCUCUCGAACACGACCAGUGUUGUUUGUAUCGACCGAUGCCAAAAACGUGCACUUACCCCGGCCCAUUGCCAUUGGGUGUUGCUGUGAUUGACACUUCGGUCACAUUGUUCGGAUUGAUUUUUCCACGUGUGGCAAAUAAACAUCGUAUUCAAAUGUUUGACCAUUUCGCCGAAUGCAUCAAGCAUGCAAAGAGUUCACGACAGGAGGCCGUUCAGAUGAAUAUUUUUGCUGCUCUGCUCAGCGGACUCAAGGGAUUGAAUGAAUCUAAAUCAACGAUUGGACAGGAUGAUGUCAAGAAGAGCGCAACAUCUUUGAUUACAAACGCUUUGGUUUGUACCAAUCCGAUUCUAAGAUGUGCCGCAGCCGAAGCAUUGGGUAGAAUCGCUCAAGUGGUCAGCGAUUCAAAGUUCACUGCGGAGCUAGCGCAAUCGAGUUUCGAUAAAUUGAAAUCAGCACGUGACGUCAUUACACGCACCGGUCAUUCAUUGGCAUUGGGUUGUCUACACAAGUACGUCGGUGGCAUGGGAUCGUCUCAGCAUCUGAACACAAGCGUAUCGAUUCUACUGGCGUUGGCACAAGAUGGAAGCUCACCUGUUGUUCAGGUUUGGUCACUGUACGCACUGUCACUGAUUGCGGAUUCCGGUGGGCUCAUGUUUCGCGGCUAUGUUGAGCACACGCUCUCGCUGUCAAUUAAACUACUGCUAACUGUUCCACAGUCAUUUGUCGAUGUGCAUCAGUGCAUCGGGCGUGUUUUGGCUGCAAUCAUCACAACGAUGGGUCCAGAGUUACAGGGCAAUACCCAAUCGAUUUCUACGAUGCGCUCAUCGUUGCUGUGUGCUUGUGCAAUCAUGCAAUCACACUACGAUCCACUGGUUCAGGCCGAAGCGACCGGGUGUCUUCAACAACUUCAUCUGUUUGCACCUCAACACGUGAAUCUAUCAGCGUUGGUGUUAUCGCUUUGCAAAACCGGUCUAACCAACAACUAUUUGAUGCUUCGCAAGGCUGCCGUCGCGUGUUUGCGUCAGUUGGCUCAGCGCGAGGCGAAAGAAGUAUGCGAACAUGCCAUGAAUUUGUUCAGCGGCGACGAUCCCAACUCAGUUGACGUGUGUAUGAGCCGUGAAUCUGGCGGCUUACCAGGCGUCUUAUUUGCAAUGCUUGACACAGAAACCGAUGCUGAGAUGAUUAAAAACAUUCACGAUACCCUCAAUUCGAUGCUGCAAAUGCUCGCAUCCGACAAUCUAUCGCAAUGGUUGACAAUGUGCAAGAAUGUGCUGACCGUGGCAAAUGACUCAAACAUGCCGUUGGGCGAAGAAUUCGGCGGAAUGGAUGCGCUGAAGAUAAGCGGUGAUAAUGGCGACGACGAGAAUGACGAUGAUGAUAAUGAUGAUGAUGUGGCCGAUUUUCACGUUGAAGAAGACACAUCGAAACCAAGCGUUCAACCGCGAUGGCCGACACGUGUGUUUGCCGCAGAAUGUGUGCGGAAAAUUAUCAGCACUUGCGAGAGUGCAAACCCAAUUCAUUUUGAUUUGAUUCAAGCGAAAGAGAUGCAAAUGACCAAAUCCAGAGCUGAUUAUCUAAUUUUACACUUGUCCGAUUUGAUUCGAAUGGCUUUUAUGGCGGCCACCAGUGAUUCAGAUCCACUGAGACUGGAAGGAUUGAAAACACUGCAAGAAAUUAUCGAUAAAUUUGCACGAGUACCAGAGCCAGAAUUUCCCGGCCAUCUGUUGCUUGAGCAAUUCCAGGCGCAGGUUGGAGCUGCGAUUCGUCCAGCAUUCUCCAAUGAUACUCCAUCGCAUGUAACAGCAGCCGCAUGCGAAGUGUGUUCAGCAUGGAUUGGCUCUGGUGUGGCACGUGAUUUGAAUGAUUUGCGUCGUGUGCAUCAAUUGCUCGUUAUUAGCUUGUCUAAGUUGCGUACAAAGACGGUCAGCACGGAAUUGUACAACGAAAGCAUGGCAACGCUUGAAAAACUGAGCAUUCUGAAAGCAUGGGCAGAAGUUUAUAUUGUUGCUAUGAUUGGAAAUGGUUUUGCACCGGCCAGUUUGAUAAUGAAGAAAUUGUCGAGUUCUUCAAAUGUAAAUUACACGAUAAUAACAACCACAGUGACGACACCUUCAACGUCUACUGCUGCUGCUCCAACAGACAAUUCCGAUUUUGGUGAUUUUGAGAGCCGUGGUGAAAGUCUUUUGUCACUCGUGAAACCAGAAUUAAAUAAUUUGUCAACCCAUUGGUUAUCCGCGCUGAAAGAUCAUGCCAUGCUGUUGCUUCCACCUGAAUUCGCAAGCCAGUUACCACAUGACGGUGGUGCGUUCUAUACCAAUGAUACGAUGAAUUCAUCGAAACCACAUUACUUAGGUGCAUGGCCACAAAUUCUGUACGCCGCUUCGCUUUGGCUCAAUUCGAACGGAUUCCGUUUGGAUGCGGCCGCCGAGGAGGACGAAACGACGCAGAAAGACGAUGAAAGUAGCGGAAAAGUAACUAACAAUAACCAACCGCCAGUGAGCCAUGGCAGUGUACGUGCUGAUCGUUUCCAUUUGGUGUUCGGUAUUGCAAUGGAAGCCAUUUGUAGCACACGUUCGAAUGAGAAAUUGGAAGCGGUGCUUGCAUGUUUGCAGUCAAUGUACACACUGUUCGAUGAUGCUUGGGCUCGCGAACAACUCUACAUGGAGCGUUCAUUGGCAAUUGAACUGUGCAACGUUUUGCAUCGAAUCAUUUUGACGCGUGACAGUUUGGAGGUGCAAUUGCUGUGCAUCGAAAUCUUGAAGCGUGUAAUUCAAGCGGCCAACGAAUCAUUGGAACGGAAAAAAGAGGAGAAAUUGUCCCAGGUCGAGGAUAAUGAACUAAAGACUGAAAUGGCAAAGGAUUUGGACUUGUUGGGCGAAGGUGGUGAGGGUGGUGAAAUUGUGCCCGGCCAAUCGGUUGUGUAUGCUGUGCUAGAAGUGUGCCUUUGUUUGUUUGUGCGUCAAAUUCCAUCCAUGAAUCCAUCGCCGACCACAUUGCGAUUGACCAACGAACAUCAACGACAGAACCAAAUUAAAAUCAAUGCAAACGGAACCAUCACACUGGCCGAAGACAAUAGUCUGUUGGUGGCCAGUGCAUUGCAAUGUCUCGAACAUUUGAUGCAACUGUGCUCACCGAAGGGAGCACUCGAAGUUGUGCCUAGCAUAUUGUACUUAAUAACUGGUGUCAUCAAGGAAAUUGCAACAAAAUCAAUUGACGAUCAAACAAUCAUUGCAAACAGUGGAAUGAUGCAAUCGGCGCUGCAUUGUUUGCGUUCGAUUGCCACCGACAAAUAUGUAAAUGAUGAACGCAGCGCAGCACAACUACGUAAACUACUGCAGUCGGCGUUGGCAUGUUUGAUUGACUUGUCGAAAACGUCGUCAUCCGGCAACGGUGGCGACGAAACAAAAGCCGACGAAGUUACAAUGAUGUUAGGCAUUGCAUUGUUCAUUCUACAUGCACCAAGCAUUGUGUCCGUGCCAAAUCUCAAAUUUCCAUCAAUCAAUCAUUUUCAACACUGUCUGCAGAACGAAACGAACCCAAUGGUCAAAUUGAAGUGCAUUCAAACGACACGGUCGAUUUUUGUGAAUGCUGAUCUAAAAGUGGCAACACCAUACAUUCAUGCACUGGCGCCGCGUAUUGUGGAGGCAUUGUGUGCGCCAAAUGCAAAAACACC